AUGCUGGGAAUCAUUUGGAUCUACCGGUGAUUGUGGCGGCGGAGGCCGCCAUGUUGGGCGCGUUUUGAUGUUAUAAAUGAGAAGCGUUGGCCUGCUUGGCGACGUAUUGGAUGGUCACUUUGCCGUCUCGUUUUUGGGACCUGGACGAUUCGGAAACGAUUUGUUGAGUCCGUCUGAGGUUUUUUGAGCUGAAGCCGUGAGCCAUGCGAGAGAUGUUUUCGAGUGGCGUGCCAGAUGUCCAGCCCCAGAAACAUUAUGGCAUCACCUCAGCGAUUAGUUGGGCUGGCCCCAAAGAUAUUGAUCAUAUUUACACCCAGAAGCUCAUAGAGGCCAUGAGACCCUUUGGUGUGUUUGAAGAUGAUGAGGAACUCAGUCAUAGGCUAGUUGUGUUGGGUAAACUGAACAAUAUGGUGAAAGAAUGGAUUGCAGAACUUGGAGAAUGCAAGAGUCUUCCUCCUACAAUCAUAUCAGCAGCCGGUGGCAAAAUCUUCACAUUUGGCUCCUACAGGCUUGGGGUGCACACAAAAGGAGCCGAUAUCGACGCAUUGUGUGUUGCACCGCGACAUGUUGAACGCGCUGAUUUUUUUCAGUCCUUUGCCGAGAAGUUAAAGCAUCAAGAGGGCAUUAAAAAUUUAAGGGCUGUGGAAGAUGCCUUUGUUCCAGUUAUUAAAUUUGAAUUCCUUAAUAUUGAGAUCGAUUUAGUGUUUGCCAGACUGCCUUUACAGUGCAUCCCAGACAAUUUGGAUUUACGUGAUGAUUCGGGUUUAAAAAACUUGGAUAUAAGAUGUAUAAGGAGCUUAAAUGGAUGCAGAGUCACAGAUGAAAUUCUCCAUUUAGUACCCAACAAAGAAAAUUUCAGGUUAACCCUCAGAGCUAUAAAACUGUGGGCAAAAAGGCGUGGGAUUUACUCAAAUGUGUUGGGAUUUCUUGGAGGGGUGUCUUGGGCCAUGCUGGUUGCCAGGACAUGUCAGUUGUACCCAAAUGCUGUGCCAUCUACACUUGUGCACAAGUUCUUCUUGGUAUUUUCAAAAUGGGAAUGGCCUAAUCCUGUGUUGCUAAAACAGCCAGAAGAGAGUAAUCUGAAUUUACCGGUGUGGGAUCCAAGGGUGAACCCAGCUGACCGCUAUCACUUAAUGCCAAUAAUAACUCCUGCAUAUCCUCAACAAAACUCCACGUACAAUGCUUCUACAUCAACACGUGCAAUUAUGGUAGAGGAGUUUAAGCAAGGUCUGACAGUCACUGAUGAAAUUCUUCUUGGAAAGGCAGAUUGGUCAAAACUUUUUGAACCUCCAAACUUUUUUCAGAAAUACAAGCAUUAUAUUGUCUUAACUGCAAGCGCAUGUACAGAAGAGCAUCACCUCGAAUGGGUUGGCUUGGUUGAAUCUAAAAUUCGAGUGCUUGUUGGGAACUUGGAAAGAAAUGAGUUCAUUACACUUGCCCAUAUAAACCCUCAGUCUUUCCCUGGGAAUAAAGAGCUUUGCAAAGAUAAUGAAUAUAUGUCAAUGUGGUUCCUUGGAAUUCAUUUUAAGAAGGUGGAGAACGCUGAAAGUGUUAAUAUUGAUUUAACCCAUGAUAUACAGUCAUUCACUGACACAGUAUACAGACAAGCAAAUAACAUUAACAUGCUAAAGAAGGGAAUGAAGAUUGAAGCAACCCAUGUUAGGAAGAAGCAACUCCAUUACUACCUUCCUGUCGAAAUGCUGCACAAAAGGAAAAAGCAAAGUGUGCCAGAUAUUAGCAGAUCAGCUUCUGGAUUAUCCUCCAAAAGAUCAUCUUUAGAUGGAAAUUACUUGGACAGCUCUAGAGAUACAGACACAGGCACACCGUGUCAAUCUCCUACUUCAUGUCAUCAGAAUUCCAAAUCUGAAAGUCCUACUCUACCUCCAUCACAAAGCCAAGCCAUACCAGAGGAAAUUUCGUCAUCUCUGUUUCCGUGCUCCCAGAGCGUGGAUGCGGCUUCAGAAGUCGCCCAAGGAUUCUCAAUUCCGGUUAUAGUGUCAAAGUCCAAGUCUACUGUGGCCAUGAAAGAGGGCGUCCAUUCAUCUGGCUGCAGCAUUCCAACAGUAGUAGGACUGAAUGUUGUUCCACGUCAUCAAUCACCCCCAAAGCAUUCUCAGGAGCAACAUCCCCAGAACGGACUAGUGAACUUGAGCCCAAAAAGUGCUGCCGCCAAAAGGACUCAUCCACCUUGUUUGGAGGGUUCUUCAAAAAGAAUUAAGGAUGCUGAAAAGGAUAUGGGAUUAGCAGAUUCUGCAUUGAUAGAGCCAUGUCCUAAAGAGGAGGAAACAAUCAGGCAAGCUGUGGAAAGGAUUAUUGUUGAGCCUAUGCCUAUCCCCACUAUUGAGAGAUGUAGAUCACAGCGACUACCCAGUAAAGAACUUCCAGAUGCUUCUUCACCAGUGCCAACCAGUAACAUCAGAGUCAUUAAAAACUCUAUUAGGCUAACUCUAAACCGGUAACUACAGUUUAUACUCGGGCUGCAACACGAGAAGCAAUAAUCUGCUAUGUUAGGUGAUCUAAAAAAUAUUAUGGCUCAUGAACUGUCUACGUUUCAUACGUUUCAAACAUGGUGCUGUAUCAAACUAAUUGUUGAAUUUAUUUUCCAGUUGUGUACACUGCCAAACUAGAAUACAUAUUUUUAAGUAGCUUUUUUUAGAGUUUGCCAGUUUACACUUUGUAAAAGAUAUAAAAACAAAAAAAAAACACCAAACAUUUGACCCUUGUACAGUGUUACAAAUGUUAUUUCAAUUCCUCUAUUUGAUACCUGUGAAAAAUUGCUAAAAAUGAAAAAAAAGUAUUUAUUUUAUGUAUGUUUUUGUUAAUGAAGUGUUUGUUAUCAUGUAAUAGUUUCUGUCCACCUAACUGGUAUAGAUAAAAUGCGUUGUGCAAACUAACCCAGUGUUUAUUAGGCUAUAUGUAAGUUCCUGCGACAGACUAUACGCUGCAGGAACCUUUUGCUUCUCGAGCCUUGAUGGGCUUAAGUUUUUGUGCAAUAGUUUUCCUUCCCACCCAGAAAACUUAAUUCUGAGCUGCCUCCUGUGGAGGCCUGCAAGAAAAAUUAGCAUGACGAGUCCCUCAUUAACCACCCCUUUCCCCAACAAAUAUUUAAAUUUGCUUUGUUCAUUAGCACGCUUAGAUUUAAAUUAAACUUUUAAGUAUUCCCUGGUCUCUUUUGCUGCAAGCAGAACCGAAAAACUUGGCACCAGAUACUGCUGGGGAAGGGGGAUAUAUAUCUGCACCAAGUAGGUAAACAGAAACCGUGCUCUGUCGUCCUGCCCCCGUCUACUGUAAGUGACCGAAGAAAAGCCACAUAACUGCUGCCUGUGCCGCCGCAUACUCCAAAAACUCAGGAAUUUAGAACAUGGCUUGAAAGCAAUACGUUUUAAGUGCUUCAAUUAUGUCAAGGAUUUUUUUUUUUUUAAUACAGAGCAUGUAACACACAAUUCAUACACUUCUGUUUUGUAUGCAAUAUAAAUUUCCACCUUUUUCAAAAAAAAAGUGUGCCUUUUUCUUUUAUGUUGGUUUUAUAUUCAGUGUUCUUUGACUUUUUUUCUUGUUUUACUGGCGGAAUCGGCCAAUGAGAUCAUGUAUCCGACAUGAGAGGAAGCAACCCUGGGUAUUAAUAGGUUCCGAAAAGAUCUAGGGAAGAGAUUAAUUACAGAAAUGCUGCGUAAAGCACGUCAACAUUUUUACCUGCCUUUUCUGUGUUUCCCUUCUGUGUGUAUGUGUUUAAUGGGACAUAUUGAAAUAUUUGCAUGUUAAAAUAAAAACCUAAGAAAUA